GCGAAGGCUGAGUGGAGAUGGCGAUUGACUGAGGCGAGGUGUAUGUGCAUGUAUGAGGUUAUGCGGGAUAUUUGACAUCUAGUGAAUUUGUGUCCUGUUUAAAAAUCAUGUUGGUGGCUACUAGUUGAUGGAAAGCUAUACUCAGAACUAAGUUUCAUUUACUGCACAACAUAAAUCGGAAAUGGGUCCGGUGGCGAACGGGAAAGAUUCAAGCAUGGCCUAUUCCAAUAUUGUGCAACGGGCUCGAGAUGCCUUUAAUAGCGGCCAAACAAAACCAGCAGCAUUUCGUGAAAAGCAGUUGAAACAAUUGUACAAAAUGUAUGAAGAGAAUGAAGGUGCAAUGAUUGCAGCUUUAGCAUCAGAUCUCCGAAAAUGCAAACAAGAGGCCCUUGUCACAGAAGUAGAGUUUCUAAAAUAUGACCUAACAAAUACAUUGAUGAAUUUGGAAGAAUGGAUGAAGCCUGAUAAGCCAGCUAAAGGAUUUGUCAAUUUAAUGGAUGACGUAUUAAUUUUUAAGGAGCCUUAUGGUGUAGUCUUAAUUAUUGGUGCAUGGAAUUAUCCACUGCAGUUAUCUCUGUUGCCAAUGGCUGGUGCUAUAGCUGCAGGUAACUGUGUUGUGCUGAAACCAUCAGAAGUGGCUGUUCGGUCUUCGCAACUCAUAGCUGAGUUACUUCCAAAGUACUUAGAUCAGGAAUGUUACCAUGUUGUUCAGGGUGGAGUACCGGAAACAACUGAAUUGCUGAAAGAACGUUUUGACUAUAUCUUUUACACUGGCUCAACACAUGUUGGUAAAAUUGUGAGAGCAGCAGCCAAUGAACAUUUGACUCCUACCACCUUGGAACUAGGUGGUAAAAGUCCUGUGUACAUUGAUUCCACUGUAAAUAUGGACAUAGCUGCAAAACGUAUUCUUUGGGGAAAGUGCAUCAACGCUGGUCAAACUUGUAUAGCACCUGACUAUGUGCUAUGUUCUAAGGAAGUGGAGAGAAAUUUUAUUGCUAAAGCUAAAGAAAUACUCAAAGAAUGGUACGGAGAUAAUCCAAAGGACUCGCCUGAUCUGUGCCGAAUUAUCUCUGAUAGGCAAUUCCAGAGAUUACACGGUUAUCUGAGUAAUGGAAGCAUUGCAGUUGGAGGUGAAACAGAUGCUUCAGAAAGAUUUAUUAGCCCAACUAUUCUCACUGAUGUGAAACCAACAGCACCUGUUAUGCAAGAAGAAGUAUUUGGGCCAAUUCUUCCCAUAAUAAAUGUGGAGAGUGCUUUUGAUGCGAUAAAGUUCAUCAAUAGUCGCUGGCAUCCAUUGACACUUUAUGUAUUUACAACUGACAAGUCGAUACAGAAGUUGUUCAUGGAUCAGACAAGAAGUGGCUCAGCUUGCAUCAAUGACACAGUGAUGCAGUUUGCUGUGGAAACCUUGCCCUUUGGUGGAGUUGGACAUAGUGGAAUGGGAGCCUAUCAUGGAGUCUACACUUUCAAUACUUUCACACACAAGAAAAGCUGUUUGGUAAAGGACUUGAGUGCGAUUGGGGAGAAACUUGCUGCGGCAAGGUACCCACCAUAUUCAGAGAAAAAGAUUUCAUCGCUGAGAUUUUUACUGAAAAAACGGAAAGGAAUAAGCUUCAAGUACUUGCCACAUGUUGUCAUGUUUGUUCUGGGUAUUGCAGCAACUGUUGGUGUAACAGAAAUUCUGAAGAGAGAGCCAUCAAGAAUAUUGGGUUACAUCUGGUCGUUGCAGAAAAGAAAGUAGCUGUAAAGUUCUUGAUGACUCCAUGACUUACCCUGAAGGCUAGUGGAAUGGAGUCUGAAUAAAGUACUGCAAAUAACAUCAACCUGUUGUAUGCAGGUUCCAAUUUCUGCAGUUAUUACACAAACAGAUAAUGCUUUGGAUUUGUGAAAGUACUAAAUGUAAAGUGCUAUAACUGCUCAAUUUCUGACUGCUCAGGGGCAGCAGUGUCACCUAUAAAUGUAAAAGAUACAUCCUGAAAGGAAGGUAUUACUGGGAAUGCAUCUCAAGUGGGCUGCAUCUUGCUAUAGAUAAAUUGUUGUGUCUGAUAAAUGUUUUAAAUAUUUGUGUUUUAUGUAAAACUUUGUCUAAAUACAAUAAGAACCCGGGAGCAGCCUUAUAAGAGAUUAGGAAAAGUCUGAAUAUUUGUACUGUACAUUUCUGUAAUGUUCAAUAAAAUUUUGUCUUUUUGA